CCACAUCCUCCCACCCUUUCGCCAUGUCUGAGUUCAUAGGCUCACGCAUCUCCCUCAUCUCUGUCUCCGGGGUGCGCUACAUUGGCACACUGCACGAGAUCAAUAGCGAGAGCCACACGGUCGCACUCGAAAACGUCACGUCGCAUGGCACUGAAGGUCGGCGCGGCAACCCGGCGGAAGAGCUGGCAGCGAGCGAUCAUGUCUACGAGUACAUCGUCUUCCGUGGCAGCGACGUGAAAGAGCUCAACAUCAUCGCGCCACCCGGUCAGAAGGAAGAGAACAGGCCACCGCAGGUGCCUGACGAUCCCGCCAUUCUCGGGGUAAGUGAUCAAUCGUUCUUCAAUCACCGCAUUGAUGAAGCAUUUUGGAUGUAAACUUUUCAGUUCUGCUGAGGCGCAAACAACCAUGCGGAUACUUCCAUGUUGCCUUCCUUCUGAGCCAACAAUGAAGCGAAACGUAGUCAAAGGAUGCUCAUCAGAACACCGAGCUAACACGGCAACAGUCCGCGCGACCAGCACCUCCGCCAGCACAACAACCACCCCCUCCCGAGCAAGC